UCAGUUUAUACCCAGCAGUUUUAUUUUCAUAACUCAUCAAAUAUUCACAUUUUUAUAUCUAUAUAGUAAAUAGUUUAGCUUAUAAAACCCCGAUCAGUUGGAGGGAGCCAAAUGUGUAACACUGAUACACUAUCGAUAGCCGGCAAAUUGUUCACCUAGUAUAAUCGAUAGACAAUAACCCACCAAAUAAUAUAGAAUAUAUAUAGACAGCUCCGAAUCAAACACAAAAUAGACUAAUUUAUUACAAAACUAUUAACUAUGACUACGCUGCGACCAUUUACCUGUGAUGAUCUAUUCAAAUACAAUAAUGUGAAUUUCGAUCCGCUGACAGAAACAUACGGUCUCUCAUUUUAUACACAAUAUUUGGCCAAAUGGCCGGAAUACUUUCAGCUAGCUGAAUCGCCCAGUGGACACAUAAUGGGUUAUAUUAUGGGCAAGGUUGAGGGACAUAUGGACAAUUGGCAUGGACAUGUAACGGCCCUAACCGUUUCGCCCGAUUACCGGCGAUUGGGUCUGGCAGGGCUGCUAAUGAAUUUUCUAGAGGAUAUAUCAGAGAAAAAACGCGCCUACUUCGUGGAUCUUUUUGUGCGUAAAAGCAAUAAAGUGGCCAUAAAUAUGUAUACAAAUUUAGGCUAUAUUAUAUACCGUACGAUACUAGAGUAUUACUCGGGUGAUCAGGAUGAGGAUGCGUAUGAUAUGCGAAAAGCACUGUCGCGAGAUGUGUAUAAGAAAUCGGUUAUACCUUAUACGCAACCUGUACGAUUGGAAGAUAUAGAUAUGAAUUGAUAUCCACCCACUGCCCGCAUUCGCAUUUAUGUUUAACUCUUAUACUGAUUCAUCGAUCAAUUGCAUUUCGCCUACAAAUUUCUAGUUCAACAAUGACAACUAAUAGAAAAUCAAACAAAUUGUAUCUAAUCUGAAGUUAUAAGUCCCCACAAAACAAUUUGCUAACUAUCCAAAAUGAAAAACAAAAACAAAAAGCAAACCUCAAAAUUGAAACUCCCCAAAAAUUCCCAGUUGGAUUACAACACAUUUUGCAAUCCAUAAUUGUGUCAAUAAUAUUCCUUAAACGCAUAUAUAUACAUAAUUUUACAUGAUUUUGUUAUCAGUAAAUAAGACUUCUUAAUGCCGAUUACAUAACUAUUACAAAACGAAUGUUCUCACUGAAACUUCAAGUAUUCUAAUCUGAUCAAUGAAAACUUUUUGUCAAUCAAUCAAUUCUUGCAGAUGACAAUGCGUGAGCUGCGCCACCAAAUGCGGCAUGAGGCCAAAUGCGAAUAACGGAACAUUUUCUCCACUUGCAAGAGAAGGAAGCCAAUUAAUUUUUAAAAAUCAUUUUUUUAUUAUCAAUAUCAAUUUAUAGGUCAAACUUAUCAAAUUUUUAGUUUCUCAAUAUGCAAUCUUUUAAAAUACCGUA